AUGGUCCAGACGCAGGGCUACCGACACCUCCAGUUCAUUCGUCUGCGGGACCUCGUCCACUGGAAGAUCGACACUCCCCUCGACGCUACCACCUACGAGAAGCUGGCAGGCGCCUUUCGUCAGCGGUUGAUUGACAAUUUCACGCCCCUGGAUUACGACUGUGCCGAGAGUAUCAAGGCCGACGAGGAUGUGUGCACCACCUACCGAGGAUAUAUCAAGUUUCUGGCCAAGGAUUUGGAACAUACCUUUGUGGAAGGGGGCGAGGUAUCGAGAAAGUCUCACAAGCAGAAGCUCGAGGGUAUUGCUAAGCAGAUGAUCGCCCGUGGAAAGGCAUUCGCAGAGGCGAUCAAGAAGAACUACCCGGACCAUGUUCGACUGUCGAUUCACCCGUCAUGCGGGUCAGCCAAAAUCUCCGUACAGGUCUUGCCUCUGGCUCCUCAUUGUGUGACACCCUGGCACUCAACGCCGUGCUUGACCCUCGACGGCCGUGUGGAAUAUGGCCUACGCGAGUCAUUCGAUCACAACCCCAAUGUUGAAUUGGUUCACAAGGCAGGACAGCCGUGGUUCUACCGCUACAAGUCAGAUCUAUAUUCCUGGCCACAACCCGUGGAAAUCGAGCCUCAGUACCCUUGUGGCCUGAUCAUCCGACCUACGCAACCCAUGUCUUGCGCAGAAGUGGACAUGCGUAAGCUUCGCGCUCUGGCAGAAGAAAACUCCCCGGUCAUUUUACGGGGAUUUCAGGAUACACGCGACCGGGAGCUUUUCGUGAAAAAGGCCGAGGAGAUGGGGACUCCCGUUGGGUGGAAGUUCGGCCUCAUCCUCGAGGUGAAUGACCACGGCACCGACACCCAAGGCUUGAACAAUGUUCUGUCGUCGGAGUGGAUGCCGUUCCACUACGAUGGCCUGUUCAAGGUUGUCAAGAUGAAAGAUGCAGAUGGGCAGGAGGUCGUUCGAUCCUGUCCUCCGAAAUACCAAUUCUUCACGGGAAUGACCCCCUCGCCCAAAGACACCGGAUUCACCCUCUUCUCCCCCUCCCACCUAGUCUGGCACUAUUUACCAUCAGAAUACACAGUCGAAUACCUGCGCACUCUGUCCUGGACGGUCGAGACUGUCUCCUUCGACCACACCAAGAUCUGCGAUCUCCCUCUCGUGGUGGACCACUUUGCGCACCAGCGUCCCUGUCUCCGCUACCACGAGCCGUGGCCGCAAGAGAAGACGGUGUUUGACCCGACCAAGAUUACCAUCCAGGGUGUGACCAACUCGGCGGAACUGUGCCAAACCCUCGAUAGCCUGCUGCACGAUCGUCGCGUGGCCUACUGGCAUUGUUGGGAGGAAGGCGACUGGCUGAUCAGCGAUAAUGUGACGACGAUGCAUACGCGCAGCUCGUUUACGGGCAAGUCGGACCGGUGUCUGCGGCGAAUUCACGUCGACUAG